GGCGGCGGCGACGGCGCCGUCUCCGUACGGCCGACCGGGCACGUACGGCCUGGGCAGUUGGUCCGUGGGGCUGUGGAGGCAACGCUUCCUGCUCCCGGUGCGGUCGGCGUAAGGAGGACUGGCCUGGGUGAGGAGGCAGACCAUGGACGGCUCCUUUGUCCAGCAUAGUGUGAGGGUUCUGCAGGAGCUCAACAAGCAGCGGGAGAAGGGCCAGUACUGCGACGCCACCCUGGACGUGGGGGGCCUGGUGUUCAAGGCGCACUGGAGUGUUCUUGCCUGCUGCAGCCACUUCUUCCAGAGCCUCUAUGGGGAUGGCUCAGGGGGCAGUGUUGUCCUCCCUGCUGGCUUCGCUGAGAUCUUUGGCCUUCUGUUGGACUUUUUCUACACUGGUCACCUCGCCCUCACCUCGGGGAACCGGGAUCAGGUGCUCCUGGCAGCCAGGGAGUUGCGAGUGCCAGAUGCUGUGGAGCUGUGCCAGAGCUUCAAGCCCAAAACUUCAGUGGGACAGGGACCAAGUGGCCAGAGUGGCUUGGGGAAACCUGCCGCCCGGGAUGUGGGAAACAGCCACCUCAAGGAGCCAGCAGGCUUGGAAGAAGAGGAAGUUUUGAGGACUCUAGGUCAAAUCCCCAGGGAUCAGGAGCUCAGUGGCAGUCACAGUCCCCAGAAGCCCCAGCUUGGUGUCCCUGCUGAGAGUGAGAGUCCCUCCUUUCUCCGUGGGAAACUCAAGCAGGCCCUGAAGCUUUGUUCCCCAGAGGACAAGGAGCCUGAGGACUGCAAAGUGCCCCCAAGGCCCUUCGAGGCUGAAGGUGCCCAGCUGCAGGGCCGGAGUGAUGAGUGGGAAGUGGUGGUUCAAGUUGAGGACGACGGGGAUGGCGCUUACGUUUCUGAGACUGAGAUUGUGCCGACCAGGAGGAAAUCAAACGUAAUCAGAAAGCCCUGUGCUGCCGAGCCAGCCCUGAGCGCAGGUUCCCUAGCAGCCGAGGCCUCUGAGAGCAGAAAAGGUACAGCCGUGCCGGUUGAGUGUCCCACAUGCCAUAAAAAGUUCCUCAGCAAAUAUUAUCUAAAAGUCCACAACAGGAAACACACUGGGGAGAAACCCUUCGAGUGUCCCAAAUGUGGAAAAUGUUACUUUCGGAAGGAGAAUCUCCUUGAGCAUGAAGCCCGGAAUUGUAUGAACCGCUCAGAACAGGUCUUCACGUGCUCUGUGUGCCAGGAAACCUUCCGCCGGAGGAUGGAGCUGCGGGUGCACAUGGUGUCCCACACGGGGGAGAUGCCCUACAAGUGUUCCUCCUGCUCCCAGCAGUUCAUGCAGAAGAAGGACUUGCAGAGCCACAUGAUCAAGCUGCAUGGAGCCCCCAAGCCCCAUGCCUGUCCUACCUGUGCCAAGUGCUUCCUGUCCCGAACGGAACUGCAGCUGCAUGAGGCUUUCAAGCACCGCGGGGAGAAGCUGUUUGUGUGCGAGGAGUGUGGGCACCGGGCCUCGAGUCGAAAUGGUUUGCAGAUGCACAUCAAGGCCAAGCACAGGAAUGAGAGGCCAUAUGUCUGUGAGUUCUGCAGCCACGCCUUCACCCAGAAGGCCAAUCUCAACAUGCAUCUGCGCACACACACGGGCGAGAAGCCCUUCCAGUGCCACCUCUGUGGCAAGACCUUCCGUACCCAAGCCAGCCUGGACAAGCACAACCGCACCCACACUGGUGAGAGGCCCUUCAGCUGUGAGUUCUGCGAGCAGCGUUUCACUGAGAAGGGGCCCCUGCUGAGGCAUGUGGCCAGCCGCCACCAGGAGGGCCGGCCCCACUUCUGCCAGAUCUGUGGGAAGACCUUCAAAGCAGUGGAGCAGCUGCGUGUGCACGUCAGAAGACACAAGGGGGUUAGGAAGUUUGAAUGCACUGAAUGUGGCUACAAGUUCACCCGGCAGGCCCACCUGCGGAGGCACAUGGAGAUCCACGACCGGGUGGAGAACUACAACCCACGGCAGCGCAAGCUCCGGAAUCUGGUCAUUGAGGAUGAGAAGAUGGUGGUGGUGGCACUCCAGCCGCCUGCCGAGCUGGAGGUGGGCUCGGCUGAAGUCAUCGUGGAGUCCCUGGGCCACGGCGGCCUGGCCUCCCAGCUCCCUGGCCAGAGACUAUGUGCAGAGGAGAGCUUUGCAAGCCCGGGUGUCAUGGAGCCCUCGCUCAUCAUCACGGCUGCCAUCCCUGAUGACUGUGACACGUAGCCCCCUACCCACCAUAGCCCACUUGGCCCCAGCCCCCAAUAAACCACAUGGCUUUGGACUUGA